UGGCUCAGUUUGGAGGUGCUGACGGGGAGCGAUGUUGUCUGCGCUCGACUGGCGCGGUCUGAUGCGGCUGCGGUUACAGAAGCACUGACGUGUUCACAGAGCAGCAGCGCGACGCGCGGAUCGGCAGCCGAGAGUGACACAGCGGCACAACCGGACAGAAUGCCAGAAGGAGACAGUGCUGGUGAAUCCAUCCAUGGGAAACCAUCAGCGAUCGGAAACUUCUUUAAACGGCUCGGGCAGGUUUAUCAGUCAUGGUUGGACAAGUCGACACCGUUCUCAGCAGUCCGAUGGGCGGUCACUCUUCUUCUAACGGCCAUAUAUAUGAUCAGAGUAUAUAUUCUACAGGGCUGGUACAUAGUCACAUAUGCUCUUGGGAUCUACCACCUUAACCUCUUCAUUGCUUUCCUCUCACCAAAAGUGGAUCCCUCAUUGCUUGAUGAUCCAGAUGAGGGUCCAGCACUACCCACAAAACAGAACGAAGAGUUCCGGCCGUUCAUUAGGAGGUUGCCAGAAUUCAAAUUCUGGCAUUCAGCGACGAAGGGCAUCGUCAUCGCUAUGAUUUGCACAUUCUUCGACGCCUUUGACGUGCCAGUGUUCUGGCCCAUCCUCGUAAUGUAUUUCAUCAUGCUGUUCUGCAUCACCAUGAAACGGCAGAUCAAGCACAUGAUCAAGUAUAGAUACCUGCCCUUCACACAUGGGAAGAGGACUUACAGAGGCAAGGAAGACACAGGGAAAACCUUUGCUAGUUAAAAUUCCCUUUCCCGAAAUUAAAGUUAUUGAUGAAGAAUGGUGCGUAAAGGGGGUUGAGGUUUUUUUUUUUUUUUUUUUUUUUCUUUUUUCUUCUUCUGAAUAAGAAAAAGCCAAGCCUGUUGAAACUUUUGAUCGACAUUGAGACUGUAAUGAUGCCUUUAAGCGUUUGGGGUUUGGGCCUUUUGAGAAAUGCUGUUGAGAGCUUCUACACUGGCAAAUUUUAAUAUAUUUGGACAACUAAGUAUGAGAUUUGACUUUUUUUUUUGCUCAGUGGUCCCCAUUCUUCUUCAAACCUAGAGGAUUUGAGACUCAUCUCCAGUAUGGAUUUUAAAAGGAAAUGCAAAUUUCAUCAUCAUUCACUCAUCCUCACGUCAUUUCAAACCUGUAUGACUUUUUCUCAGUGGAACACAAAAGGAGAAAUUUUACAGAAUGUCCCUGCUGCUCUUUUCCAUACCUCUCAUUUUAUGGAAAAUGGCAGCAUGAAAAUUUUGCUUAAUAUCCAUUUUUUCUGUGUGUGUGUGUGUGUGUCACUGAUGGAAAAAGUCAUACUGAUUUGGAACUAAAUCAGGGUGAGAAACGAGUUUUGGUUGAACUAUUUCCUGAUUUAUAAUUUACAAACAUGGGAAUAUAAUAUAAAAUUGUGGGAAGUUUAAUAUUCAAACCAUGGUACAUUUGAUGUCCUUCAUCGAUAAUAACAUUAGAUUCAGUAUUCAGACUAACGCAAGAAGCUUCCAUGAAGAGAGAGGAGACAUUAUUGAUCUUUGGGACUUAGUGGAGUUCCAUCUUGCCACAUGUUAAUAUUUGCCUUUUAUGAACAUUUAUAAUUCUCUUAAUGUGCUGUAGCAUUGUAUUUAAUUUUUGUACAUAGUUGUCCACUUUAAUCACAUCCAUUCGUGCUGUUUGUAAGUUAUUCUUCAGUAGGUAAACUGUUUCAAACCCCCUCACUUUGUAUGUCAGGAUUUUUAAAGCAAGCCUGCAUUCCAUUAAAAUAUUGAUACAAAAAUACUGGCUGUAUGUUUCUAUCGUAUAAGCAUUCCCAAUUAAAACUGUCUCUCUUUUUUCUUUUACAGAGGAAACAUAAAGUUGAGUGCUUUAACUAUUACAAAUGGAUGGAGAGGGUUGAAGGUUGAUGUUCUUUUGUUUUUGUUUUUCUUUUUUUAUUCCAUUAUUUUUUUUUUUUUUUUUUUUUUUUUUUUUCGUGCUGGGCCAUAACAACUAGUAUAGUUUUUUUUUUUUUUUUUUUUUUUUUUUUUAAAGGGCAAAUGGAGAGAACUUCAGUAACUUCAAUAAAAAUUUGAGAUGAGGAUACAUUUUCCCAAUAAAGUGCAGUUUUUUUUGUUUGUUUGUUUGUUUUUUGGAGGGGGAGAUAUAUAUAUAAAAAAAUGUAUAAUGUAUAAUUUUUUAAAAAAAUGGUUAGCAUGUUUUUUUUGUUUUUGAAAAUGCCAUUUUUACUGUAUUAAAUUAAUCUUCAUCAAAACAAAUUAAUAGGUUUGUUAAUUCCUAGGUUUGUAAAGACAUUGCAUGUUUUAGGUUUUCUUGUGCUGCUGGUUAAGAGAAAACAAGAUGAUUUUAAUAACUAAGUGUAAAUUUUUUCACUUCAAAUGCUAUUAAAAGGCUGUGUCCCUUCA